CAUUUUUCUCUCAUCCAAUCUCUUUAUUGUCCAAAGUUAAUGGCCCAGCAGAUCUCAGAUACACUCUUGUUCCUUCAUCGAUAUUGAAAAAAACUAAAUCCCUCCUCUUUCGGGCUGUAUCGCACUUUCCCUUUUUUGCAUUUUCCCGAGAAAAUUAAAAAAAGGGAGCUCUUUUCCGUCUCUGUUUUCCCAGCAGCUUCCUCAAGUACAGAAGAAAUCUUGCUAAGAGUGUGAAGUGAAUGCAAGAUGCAGCACAAGAGCUUUUCCCUAGGCUGCUGCAAUUACUCAAACCGUGACUGUACUACGGAUGCGAGAACUGGCUGGAGUUUGUUUCCUCCACAGGACACUACUGAUACGGUCUUAACCAAUAGAUCCGGCGUGAAUGUGAAUGUUGAUGAUACAUUUUCUUUAUUGUAUUGUGGCCUUUAUCUUAGACAGUUGAAGGAGACAUUGAAGCACACAAUGCUUGUACAAGAAACUGUCUUCAAAAGUCAGGUACAUGAGCUUCAUCGUCUGUAUUGGAGGCAGAAGGAACUUAUGAUGGAAAUGGAGGGAACUCGACAUAACGUGGCCAUGCACCUAGAUUCUAGUUUCCCUAGAACACACUGGAUGAAUUCGAGCGUCUCCACAUAUCAAACUAGGGAUUUUCUGUAUGAAGGAAACUUUACUAAUCGAACUGAAGCUGUAGAUAAUCUUGAGAAGUCUGAAAAGGUGGUCUUGGAUCUGGAAUUACCGGUUAUUGAGUAUGAUGAUAGAGAGGUAGAGAGAGGUUUGAUGAAUGGUGAAGUUUGUGAAGUUUCAAACUUUCUGAAAGAGCAAUCUCUGGAAUCGAGUAACCAGUUGAAUAAGCUGCAACUCGAUUUGAAUGAACCGGCCAAGAUCGAGGAACAACACUCUGAUAAUGUGUUGAGUCAGUUCCCGAGUCCAGUUACAUCGAAUGAAAUUGUUAAAGAGUCCGAUGAAAAGAAUGAGGGACGAGAUUCAGUAAUGAAUGAAGCGCAAGGCCAACAGUCAUCAGGAGGGUAUGGAAUCGACUUGAACAUGUCUCCCAUUUCUUCUGAAGAGGAAGUAGAUAUUGUUAACAAGUUUGAAACCGAGAUACCUCAAGAGUGCUUAUCGGUUUCUUUGCAUGAAAAACACGUAUCGAAGCAGUCGCGAGGGAUAGUUCAAGCGUUACCAUGUUUAGAUACCAUUUUACUUUGGAAAAAGUCUUCUAAGUCAUCGGUGAGAAGAUCAAGGCAAAGGAAGAAGGUAAAACGUGGUCAAACCAAAGGAUCUCAGAGCAAGCAGGCGACUAAGGGAAAAGGGAGUUCAAGUUCUUUGUCUAAGGUGAAAUCUGCAAGAAACCGGAAGAAUAUAGGGAAAAGAAAGCAUUGUAAAACAAAUAUGAUAUCGAGUAAGGGUCACAAAGUAGUUGCGAAAAAGAUACGGAAGAAGAGCAAAAGGAUAUCUCUUGUUAAAGAGGGAAACUAUCAAGAAAUAUCUGCAGCUGAGGCUAUAGUUGAUAUGUCUAGAAAGUUCGAUCAAGAAUCCUCUGAUUGCAUCACUUCUUUAAACAGAAAUCUACUUUGGCUGGCCGAGAUUUGUUCUUUGGUUGUUGAGGACAAUGAAUUAGACGAUUUCGAGGCCAUGACUCUGCAACUGACAGAGAUGAAGCUGGAGGACCACCACAAAACAAUUCUGACAUCGAAUUCUUCAAACAAAACAGCGGUCUCCAGCAUUGACCUUAGAAAACAGAGGAGGAGAGGGACCAAGCGGAAAUUCAAAGAUGACCAGCACGAUGAUAGAGGCUCUCCUCCUAAACCUAAACCUUGGGGAGCCAUAACAAAGCGGAGACGAGGCCCUAGAAUCCCUGCCGCUAAUAUUCAGCAUAUGAUCAUCAACUAAGUAGUAUAGCCAAACUAAAAGGUAGUUAGUUAAUGGUUACGAUACCUACCAUAGUUUUUUUUUACUUCAUGGUCUUGGAGAAUUAAGAAUCUUAGUGAAGAUGCUUUUU